AAGCGAGAAGAGGAGGACGAGGAGGAGGAGGAAAUGCCGCAGAUUGGGAUUGAUUCAGUUCAAAGAGGGAAGUCGAAGUGGUAAGAAAGUGAGAGUUCGAUCAAGCGCCGUAUGAUGGACGACGGGCUCGAAGACAAAUAAUAUUUGUCCGCCUAAAUCAUCACCAUUCUCCAACUGAAAACGCUGAACAAAUCUGCAUUGACGAGGAAAGAAAUGAUUCCGGUGCUCACCGCUUUCAACCUGUGGUCUCAACCUUGAAUAGAAGCGUAGUUGAAGUUGGAAGAUCAUGUUUGCCAGCAUCUGCUACUGAUACCGAAAGUGUCCAAAUUUUCAAUGGGCUGCUCAGACUUUGUAUCGCAUUCUCCCAUUCGAAAGAAAUCUCACGCGAUUGCUACAUGGAGUGCAGCCGAUGAAUUGAUGCGAUCUCCGUGAAAAUGAACAACUGGGUCCUCUACAGUCUCGUCAUCAUACUCGCACUGAGUCAUUGGUGUCUGGUUGAGCCGGUAGCUCGAGUCAGAUGGCACAACUUGCGGAUAGCUAGGCCUCAAAGUUUCGUUCGAUCUCGCAAUGUGUUUCCUAAUUCUCGUCGGUUCAACCCUAUUCGAUCACAAAGGCCGGGUAGACACAGAAUUGGAAGACCAAGGGCUAGAUUACAUCCAAUUAUGAGACGAAGGUCAGUUCGACCCCGGAGACGUCCAUGGCGGAGGCCUCAAACUGUUGGAACAACCCGAAGAAUUAUGACGCGAAUGCGGCCCAAACCUAGAAAAUUGUUUGGUCAAUCGUUUCCUUCAACCAAUGGCCUUUUAAAAGAGAUCCACCAGCAUGAGAUCCCCCAACUAGGACCACCUAUCAGGUCUUCACCUAUUCGCAGACCCUUUGUGGAAGAGCCCAAAAGAGAUCAAAAUAUUGAGUAUGAUCAUUACAACUAUGACAUUGAUCUAAACAAGAACUACAAUCAAGAUUACAGUUUUGAAGAGGAAAAGGAAUUCGAUGACUUUGACUCGUUUUUCGAUGAUCUGCUAGGUGUGAAAGAUAAAGGCCAAGGCUCUAGGGGAAAGCACGAGCAAUCGAAAGUACCUGAACGCCAAAAAUCGCCAUUCACAAUUUUAGAGACGGAUUUUGAUGACUAUAACGCCGCCGAAAACGAGUUCCACGAGUACGACGAUUUUGAUUAUUUUGACGGGUUAUUGUUUGAUGACGAGAAAACAAAAAAGAACAAGAAAAAUCAAAAGCCGGCCACGGAUUUUGGUUUAGAGGAGUAUGACGAGUAUGGAGACGAUGAGUACGACGAAUACGACGAGCCAAAUCAUUUACCAACUUUUGAUUUCGAACCUGAGUUUUCACACAGGCCUGUCAAUUACAUCAAGCCAGCUUUUUUUGAGCCGCCUUCAUCAACGCGGAUCCACCACAAAGUACCUCAUCGGCGGCCUCAUGACGUUAAUCAACAUGCACAUGACUUUGGUCACAACCCACACGUCCAGAAGCCAUAUCCCGACAUCUUUAAGUUUAACCAUCAUCCAGAUCACUUUCAGUUGACUCGUCGCCCUCAAAAGCCAAAUUCACACCAAUUUGAAUCUAAUCAUCUGCCUCCCCACGAUUUUCAUCCCAACCACCGACCUUCCCAGCCCAACCAUUUUGAGGGUAACUCUCAGCAAUUUGGAUCCACGCCCCACAAACCCAAAAGGCCAGGUUCUAACUCUUUAGUUCCGAGCCAUCAAAAUGAAUUCGAUAUCCCUGAGCCUGAAAAUCACAUGAAGCUUCCCCAAGGAUUUAAUCCCAAUCAUUUUAAUCCACCUCUAAAAGGCUAUCGACCACCGCUUGUAAAUAUCCAGGUAAAUCAUGAGGCCUUGCCAGAACAACAAUUUGAUCCUCCCAGUGACGAGUACUCGAAUCAAGAUGACUACCAAAAUCCACAAGACCAGUCUGACAACUACGGUCAAAAACUUACUGAUCAUGUUGCCUCACUGAAACCAACUCAUGAAGUUCAAAACCACAUCGUUGAACACAAUGAAAAACCGCAGUUAGAAACUCAGUCCCCACCCAAUAUCCAUCCACAGCUUCCACAGCUACCCCAAUUUCCCGAAGGAUCGCCAUUUGGAUUCACGCCCACACCAAUCAUCCUCGAAGGCCGACCUCCACCUGAGGAAGUCCAAUUGAAUGAAGUUCUAAACAGUGGAUUUGAUUUCAAAGGAGCUGUGUCACCAGCCAGUUCCGGUGAAGGGUGUCACACAGACAAAGGCGCUUUUCAUUUCCCGGGGCGAAAAUGGGCGCUAGAAGGCGAGUGUGGCCAAGGUGUUUGCUCUCGAUCUCUUUCUGGAGGAUGGGAAGUUUGGGAGCAAAGAUGUGAGGGCUCAAUCCAGAACCCACAAUACGCUUGUGUCGUGGAGACAAAAUCUCAUCUUCCAUUUCCCAAAUGUUGUCCUCAGCCAACGGAAUGUCGUGAUAAAGUUUGAAGCCGCGGUUAAAUCGCUGUAACAUCAGUGUCAUCCUCAUCCUCAAGCUCAUGAUCUGUGAUAAGACUUGUCGUAACCUUUUUCGCUAGUAAACGUGUUUUAGUGCAAUCAGUGAGCAUUCACAAAUAAAUUCAUGUGCAAUAUCAUA